AUGCCCAGGUCGCAGUCGCAGGAGGAUCGGGGCUGGCGUCUGUACUCUGAAUUUCGAAAGCAAGAAGAUGGGCUGACGUUGAGAGGCAGAGGGCUGUCUGAGGAGGAGCGGGAGCUACAAACCCAUUACAGUGAUGGUAAAGAGCUCAAAACUUAUCUAAAAGGGAGGAAAACUCAGAUAUUUGUAAUGGCUGCUCCUCUCACUCUCCACCACCAUAGUAAACCUCCCUUAUCUUCAGACUAUCCCCUCCUCCUAAGAAACCCCACCUCCUCCUCUAGCAUUGCAGUGAUCACCAGCAGUCAUGGCCAGAAGAGAACUAACGACCCAAAUCAACCACACCCAUGUAUUGUUUCGAUAGAAAAAUGCUCCAACAUGUCCCAGCUCAAGCAAAUCCAUGCUCAAAUGCUCAGGACAGGCCUCUUCUUUGACCCCUUCACCGCUGGCAAAAUUGUGGCCUUUUGCUCUCUUCAAGACUCAGGAAGUCUCCACUAUGCUCGUCUUGUCUUCUCUCAAAUCUCAAAUCCCACCCCCUAUACUUGCAACUCCAUAAUUCGAGGCUGCACUGAUAAGAACUUGCAUCAAGAUGCGCUUCUUUUCUAUCAGGAAAUGAUAGUUCAAGGCUUGAUACCGGAUAGAUUCACCUUUCCGUCAUUGUUCAAGUCUUGCAGGAAUUUAUCCGAGGGCAAACAGCUACAUUGUCACUCAACAAAGUUUGGUUUUGCUUCAGAUACGUAUGCCCAAAACACUUUGAUGAAUAUGUAUUCGAAUUGCAGAUGUUUGGUGUCAGCUAGAAAGGUGUUUGAUAAAAUGGUGGAUAAGACUGUAGUGUCUUGGGCAACCAUGAUCGGGGCUCAUGCACAGUGGGAUCAACCCGAUGAAGCUGUGAAGCUUUUCGAGAGAUUAAUGGAUGAGAGAGAAAACGUGAAGCCAAAUGAGGUUACCUUGGUUAAUGUUUUGAGUGCAUGCGCAAGAGCACGAGAUUUGGCAAUGGUGAAAAGGGUUCAUCAGUACAUCGAUGAGAAAGGUUUUGGGUUCCACUUGGUCCUCAACACAGCUCUUAUGGACGUCUACUGCAAGUGUGGAUGUGUACAGCUAGCAAGGGAUUUAUUUGACAAGGGGCAGCAGAAAAACUUGUUUUCGUGGAAUAUCAUGAUUAAUGGGCAUGUUGAGAAUGGUAACUAUGAGGAGGCUUUGCUACUGUUUCGGGAGAUGCAAAUCAAGGGUGUUAAAGGUGAUAAGGUGACCAUGGCGACCUUGUUGCUCGCUUGCACCCAUUUGGGUGCUCUCGAGCUGGGUAAGUGGUUACAUGCCUACAUUAAGAAGCAGAGAAUUGACGUGGAUGUUGCUUUAGGAACAGCGCUUGUGGACAUGUAUGCCAAGUGUGGAAGCAUAGAAACUGCGACUCGAGUGUUUCACGAGAUGCCUGAGAAAGACGUAAUGACUUGGACAGCUUUGAUUCUUGGUCUUGCAAUGUGCGGGCAAGCAGAGAAGGCUUUACAGUAUUUUGAUGAGAUGCAUAUUAAGGGAGUAAAACCAGAUGCAAUCACAUUUGUAGGGAUUUUGGCUGCGUGUAGCCAUGCUGGAUUUGUGGAUGAAGGAAUUUCGCAUUUCAACUCCAUGUCUGAUACUUAUGGCAUCCAGCCUGCCAUUGAACACUAUGGUGGCUUAGUUGAUAUAUUAGGCCGAGCUGGUCGCAUAGCUGAAGCUGAGGAGUUGAUACAGCGCAUGCCAAUGGCACCUGAUCGUUUUGUUUUAGGGGGUCUUCUCGGUGCCUGCAGAAUCCAUGGAAAUCUUCAGGCUGCAGAGAGAGCAGCUAAACAACUCUUGGAGAUUGACCCAUAUCAUUCUGGAACCUAUGUACUUAUGUCAAAUAUUUAUAAAUCCAUGAGGAAAUGGGAGGAAGCAAAAAGAAUCAGGGAAUUGAUGGCAGAAAGAGGCAUGAAAAAACCUCCAGGUUGCAGCCAAAUCGAGGUUCAAGGAGUGGUCCAUGAGUUUGUGAAGGGGGAUUCGUCACACCGACAAUCCUUGGAAAUUUACGAAAUGUUGGAGGACAUGAUUAGCAAAUUGAAGAAAGCUGGUUAUGUUCCUGACAAAUCAGAAGUGCUAUUUGACAUGGCCGAAGAGGAAAAGGAGACUGCACUUAGCCUCCACAGUGAGAAGUUGGCAAUUGCGUUUGGGCUCUUGAGUACCAGUUCCGGGACUCCGAUCCGAGUUGUGAAAAACCUACGUAUGUGCAGUGACUGCCACAGUGCAACUAAGCUCAUCUCCAAACUAUACAAUAGGGAAAUAAUUGUGAGGGACAGGAACCGGUUUCACCAUUUUAAGGAUGGAUCCUGUUCAUGCAGGGAUUUCUGGUGA